AUGACCUACGACAUCAUGUGCAUCUACAUUCGCAACCUCUUGAAGCGUAUGGAGAAGAACUUCCCAGCCGUCGUCCACAUCAUCGAGAAGAUGUACUGCUGCUUGCCCGCCUUUCACGCACACGGCCACCGUGACAUGUGCAAGACGGUCUAUUUGCUCGCGCUCGCCUACGGCUUCGGAUUCCAGCAUGGCGAGCAAGUUGAGAGGCCCUGGAUCAAGAUGAACUUCGCCGGGCCCGCAACAAGCGAGAUGACAGCUGGGAAUCGGCACGACAAACUGAACAUGACCUUCAACUUCUGGAACCUCUGUCAGCGGCAGAAACAGCGCCGAGAAGACUUACGUUGA